AUGGAUCAGGCAGAACCACCACCACCACCACAAUCAUCAUCAACGCCAAGAACGAGCGUAUCAUCAACGUCUUCUUCCUCAAUACCGGCUCCAACAACAACAACUCCGCCAUUAUCCCUUCUUGAACCGGUUAGCUCAACCAAGAAAAAAAACCGGACUAGGGUUUUUCGAGUUUUUCGUAACGUUUUUCGAUCGUUCCCGAUUAUUACACCGGCAUGCAGACUCCCUUCUCUACCCGGUGGUCGGUUACCGGAUAGUAACAGCCGGAUAAUAGCCGGUUCAAGAAUCACUGGAACGUUGUUCGGAUAUCGAAAAGGACGUGUUAGUCUUUCCAUUCAAGAAAACCCUAGGAAUCUUCCUACCGUUGUUGUUGAACUUGCUUUGCAAACAAAUGUUUUGCAGAAGGAAAUGAAUCUAGGCAUGGUAAGGAUUGCAUUAGAAUGUGAGAAAAGGGACAAAAAGGAGAAGAUAAAUCUUCUUGAAGAACCAUUAUGGACAAUGUAUUGUAAUGGUAAAAAAAAUGGUUAUGGUGUUAAAAGAGAAUCCACAGAAGAAGAUCUUAAUGUGAUGGAGAUUCUUAAACCGGUGUCGAUGGGCGCCGGAGUUUUGCCCGGAAAAUCUGACGUGGAAGGACCGGACGGUGAGAUGACAUACAUGAGGGCACAUUUUGAACGUGUGGUUAAAUCAAAGGAUGCUGAAACCCUAUAUAUGUUAAGUCCAGAUGCAAAUGAUGGACCUGAAUUGAGUAUUUUCUUUGUAAGAAUAUAAUUAAU